UUAUUAAUAAACAUGGUUAUAUUAUGCUAUACAUUUGAAUACAUCAAAAUGAAAAUUUAAAAGUAUAUAGUUCUAAGACAGUUUGAUUUAAUUAAAAAGUCAUGAAUUUACAAUUUUCAUUUCGUAGAUUGACGGGGGCUUAUCUAUGUAGUAAGAAACAUAACUCAGGAGCGACUUAUCAAAUUGAAAAGCCUUAUAAGCUAUACAAGCUCAAAGUAGGACCAGAAUCAAAAGUUGAAAUAACCAAAGAGGAUGCAUUACAAUACUACCACCAAAUGGUAUUUAUAAGGAAAAUGGAAAAUUUACUGGCCAACCUUUACAAGAAUCAAGAGAUGCGAGGAUUUUGUCACCUUUACGCUGGACAGGAAGCAUGUGGAGUCGGAAUCAAAGCUGCAAUGAAAGACAAUGAUGCUGUGAUUACUUCUUAUCGUUGCCAUGGAUGGACAUUCCUUCAGGGAGUACCUAGUUACCAUAUAAUCGCAGAAUUGAUUGGCCGAGUCACCGGAGUUUCCCGAGCGAGGGGAGGGUCCAUGCAUACAUAUACAGUCAAUUUCUUCGGCGGGAAUGGCAUCGUUGGAGCUCAAGUCCCGUUGGGCACCGGAGUAGCUUUGGCUUUGAAGUAUGCCAACACUGGCGGAAUAUGUUUGACGUUGUAUGGAGAUGGCGCUGCCAACCAAGGGCAGGUCCACGAGUCCUUCAACCUCGCUAAGGUCUUGGACUUACCCAUCGUCUUCAUUUGCGAAAACAACAAGUACGCCAUGGGAACUGCCGACUUCCGGGGCACUGGAGGCUUAGAAUUUUAUGAAAGAGGAAGCUUUAUACCUGGAAUUUGGGUAGAUGGUAUGGAUGUGCUUGCAGUUCGAGAAGCAACUAGAUUUGCCAAAGCUCAUAUCUUCGCCAAAAAGGGGCCCAUUGUUUUAGAAUUGGAAACAUACAGAUACUAUGGGCAUUCUAUGUCAGACCCAGGGACAUCGUAUAGGACUAGAGAUGAAGUUCAAAAUGUGAGAAAACAUAGAGAUCCAAUAGCCAAAUUCAAAGAUAAAAUGGUCACCUUAAAGUUAGCAACGGAAGAAGAACUGAAGAAUAUAGAAAAAGACGUGCAAAAACAUUUAGAUGAAGAUGUUAAAAAAGCAAGAGGAGACCCAGUUCCUAAAUUAGAAGAAUUAAGUGCUGAUAUAUAUAUGAAACCUGCUGAUACCAAAAUAAGAGGACCAAAUCCAUUUACGUUUCUUGAGCAUAAAAAUAUUGGGAAACCAAUCGUUCAUCUAAAAAUGAAGUAAUACGAUUAAAAUUAAGAAAAUGGAAUUGUGCUUCUGAGAAAUCAAAGUAGUAUUUUUUUCUUCUUAGGAUCGAUCAUUUGACUGUUGAUAGAAUCAUUUUUGCUCAAUAUAUUUAGGAAAUUAUUAAGACCUAGAAGGAACAAAGAUAAAGAAAAUAAACUACUGUGGAAGAAUGCA